UUCCGGGGCGGGUCCGAGAGACCCGGAAGUAGUUACGGAGCUCGGCCGAGAGGGCGCGGUGUGAGUUGUGGGCCGUUGUUUUUCCUCGCUCGCUGGUCCUGCCGCCGCCGCCGCCAUGGGGAAGCGACAGCACCAGAAGGACAAGAUGUACAUUACCUGUGCUGAAUACACUCACUUCUAUGGUGGCAAGAAACCAGAUAUCGCACAAACAGAUUUUCGUCGUCUACCUUUUGACCACUGCAGUCUCUCUCUACAGCCCUUUGUCUACCCGGUCUGCACCCCCGACGGCGUCGUCUUUGACUUGCUGAACAUUGUCCCUUGGCUUAAGAAGUAUGGGACCAACCCCAGCAACGGAGAGAAAUUGGACGGGAGGUCCCUGAUCAAGCUGAACUUUGCAAAGAACAGUGAAGGGAAGUACCACUGCCCUGUGCUGUUCACCGUCUUCACCAACAACAGCCACAUCGUGGCCAUCAGGACCACUGGCAACGUCUACGCCCACGAGGCAGUGGAGCAGCUAAACAUCAAGGCCAAGAACUUCCGAGACCUGCUGACCGACGAGCCCUUCUCUCGGCAGGACAUCAUCACCCUGCAGGACCCCACCAGUUUGGACAAAUUCAAUGUCUCCAACUUCUUUCAUGUUAAGAAUAACAUGAAAAUAAUAGACCCAGAUGAAGAAAAGGCCAAGCAGGACCCAUCUUAUUAUUUGAAAAACACGAACACGGAGACCCGAGAGACGCUGCAGGAGCUCUACAAGGAGUUCAAAGGGGACGAGAUGCUGGCGGCCACCAUGAAGGUCCCCGAGAAGACAAAGGUGGACAGGCUGAACGCUGCCCACUAUUCCACCGGGAAGGUCAGCGCCUCCUUCACUUCCACUGCCAUGGUUCCCGAGACCACGCAUGAAGCAGCCGCCAUUGAUGAGGACGUGCUGCGCUACCAGUUCGUGAAGAAGAAGGGCUACGUGCGGCUGCACACCAACUUGGGUGACCUCAACCUGGAGCUGCACUGCGACCUGACGCCAAAAACCUGUGAGAACUUCAUCAAGCUUUGCAAGAAGCAGUACUACGAUGGCACCCUCUUCCACAGGUCCAUCCGAAACUUCGUGAUACAGGGGGGUGACCCCACGGGCACAGGCACAGGGGGGGAGUCGUACUGGGGAAAGCCCUUCCGAGACGAGUUCCGGCCCAACCUCUCGCACACGGGCCGCGGCGUCCUCAGCAUGGCCAACUCGGGGCCCAACACCAACAAGUCUCAGUUCUUCAUCACCUUCCGCUCCUGCGCUUACCUGGACAAGAAGCACACCAUCUUCGGGCGGGUUGUUGGAGGCUUUGACACACUGACGGCCAUGGAGAAUGUGGAGAGUGACCCCAAAACUGACCGCCCUAAGGAGGAGAUUCGCAUGGACUCCACCACAGUGUUUGUGGACCCCUACGAGGAAGCCGACGCCAAGAUCGCUGAGGAGCGGAAGAAGACGCGGCUGGAGGCAGCGGCCCUGGAGAGCACAGCCAAGACCAGCCAGCCCCAGCAGGGGAGCCAGGGCCCCCAGACGUACCGCCGGGGAGUGGGCAAGUACAUCAGCCCGAUGGUCACGAAACGGGUAGCAGAGGAAGAACCCUCCACCAGUGCAGCUGUCCCCGUGUCCAAGAAAAAGCCUAGCCGAGGUUUUGGGGACUUCAGCUCGUGGUAGCAG